UCGAGAAAAAUAUUACUCCUUAGUCCUAAAAGAUUCAGCAAGAUGAUAACUUAAAUAUUGACAGAAAAGAAAGAUGAUAACCUAAAUAAAUAAAUGAAUCAUAUAAGAGCCUCUGAAAUCUCACCAACUCUUUCUCUCUCUCUUCCAUUUCAUUACUUCAUCUCUGUUUUUCUUCUCUACCACUAUCUCUUCUACUAUUCUGGUCUUUCUCUUACACACGCAAAUAGGUAUAUAUACACACACACAAUCACUUCAGAUUCUUGAUUACGGAAAGAGAAAGAUUCGAUAGAAAAAACUACAUGAUUUCUUGAUUUGUUUUUAUUUUUCUACUGAAUCUUGCCCUCCAAAUCCUAAAGGGCCAUUUCAUUUAGAUUUUUCUUGUCAAAUGGAUCUAACAGACCGUCGUAACCCUUUUACUAAUCUGGUUUUUCCGCCGCCUCCUCCGCCGCCAUCGACGACCUUCACAAGCCCUAUUUUCCCACGAACAAGCUCAUCCGGCACGAAUUUCCCCAUUAUCGCCAUCGCAGUGAUCGGAAUCUUAGCUACUGCGUUCUUGCUUGUAAGUUACUACAUCUUCGUGAUAAAAUGCUGCCUAAAUUGGCACCAAAUCGACAUCUUCCGCCGCCGCAGACGAAGCAGUGACCAAAACCCUCUAAUGAUUUACUCUCCUCAUGAAGUAAACAGAGGACUCGACGAAUCCGCCAUUAGAGCUAUCCCAGUCUUUAAAUUCAAGAAGAGAGACGUUGCUGCAGGAGAAGAUGAUCAGAAUAAGAACUCUCAAGAAUGCUCUGUUUGCUUAAACGAGUUUCAAGAAGACGAGAAGCUAAGGAUUAUUCCCAACUGCUGCCACGUGUUUCACAUUGAUUGCAUUGAUAUUUGGCUUCAGGGGAACGCUAAUUGUCCAUUGUGCAGAACCAGCGUUUCUUGCGACGCAAGUUUCUCUCUUGACCUAAUCUCUUCACCGAUCUCUUCCCCGGAGAAUAGCCCUCAUUCACGGAAUAGGAAUCUUGAACCCGGCCUGGUUCUUGGAAGCGAUGAUGACUUCGUCGUGAUCGAGCUUGGGGCCAGUAAUGGUAAUAACAGGGGAAGCGUGAGAAACAGAGACUUCCUUACGGAACAAGAAAGGGUUGCCUCGAACCAGGUCUCGACCGGAAACAGCUCGAAAUCGAUGAGCCCUUUGCCUAGAAAGUUUGAUAAUCGCGGAAUGCAUAAGAAAGAGAGCAAAUUUCACAAAAUGACGAGUAUGGGAGACGAAUGUAUCGAUACUCGAGGCAAAGAUGGUCAUUUUGGUGAAAUUCACCCCAUAAGAAGAUCGAUCUCGAUGGAUUCAUCAGUGGAUCGUCAGCUGUACUUGGCGGUCCAAGAAGAAAUCAGCCGGAGAAACAGGCAGAUUCCGGUAGCUGGAGACAGUGAAGAUAGUACUAGCAGUAGUGGUGGUGGUAAUAACAGAGUGAUGAAGAGAUGUUUCUUCUCUUUUGGAAGUAGUAGAACUUCUAAAAAUUCCUCAAUAUUACCUGUUUAUUUGGAACCCUAAUUGUAUUCCUCUUUUUCAUUUGUUGAUUUUUGUAUUUGUUAUUUUCUGAGGUGAAUUUUUAAAAUUUAUUUUGGAGGGUGAAGUAGGAGAGAAAGAUAUAGGUUCACUGUUUAUAAGUCAAAGCAGUUGAUGUUGAUGAGUUACAUGAAUGGUGUUUUUCAUUAAAUUUUUAA